ACAAUAACAUCAACACAGUUUUAGUUCUUAAUUUUGAGGUCUUUAUGAAUUUUCAAUAAACUAAUCAAGAGAAUUUAUAUAUGAUCCAUAUUCAUAAAAAUACUAAUAAAUUUUAUUCUCACCAUUAAUCUAUUGAAAUAUGGCCCCCAUUGUCAUCGAUUUAAGACUAACUAAAACCAAACAUUUUGAUGCUAAACACUCACACAAAUGAAGUUAUAACUUAUAAGACUAUGCUCUACCUAAAUUUUAAAAACCCAUGGACUAAGUGAGAUAGAGAAUUUGUAUUCUAAUAAUAAGUUGGGGAGAUAUCUCAAAAUUGACCUUGAAGUGUAAUUGCUAAUAAAUUAGGCCCCUAAUCAUUGCCAUGAUUCACAUGUACAUGGUCUAUAAAUAAAUAAAUAAAUUAAGCACAAGUUGGAUAGAGGCAGAGGGCCCUUUGACCCAUUGGUACCUCCUGUUAGGUUAUAGACUCAUAGUAAACAAGGUUUAAAUAAACAAACCAAACCAUUUUCAAUAGCAGCAUGCAUGAGCACAAUGUGGUUGUGCAUAGUUUGUUUCUUGGCUGUAAUCAACUUGGUUGCAUCACAGUGGAUCAUCAAUAGCCUCUUGGGCUUUUCCAGUGAUCUUCCUUUCAGAGUAGAAACUGGGUGGAAUCGAUUUGCUAAGAGCAAUGGGCUAAGGAUCUACAAUCUUCAAAAGGAAAUUGCAAAGCUUCAUCAAGGUCCAUUAUCAUUCAACUAUGCAAAUUCCAGUGGGAAUAAACCACGAUUCCUUUUGAACCCCUACUCAUGGACAAAGGUUGCCAACAUAAUAUUUUUGGAUGCGCCUGUUGGUACUGGAUUCUCUUAUGCAAACAAUUCAGAAGGAUACAACACUGGUGAUACAUUAUCAGCAGCACAAACUAAUCAAUUUCUGAGGAAGUGGCUCAUGACUCACUCCACUUUCCUCUCAAAUCCACUCUAUGUUUCUGGCGAUUCUUACACAGGCAUAGUUCUUCCUAUCAUUGUUCAAGAAAUAUGGAAGGGCAACGAAAUUGGACUACAACCACUGAUGAAUCUCAAAGGAUAUGUGUUAGGCAACCCAUUUACAGAUGUGAAAUAUGACCUGAAUUCAAGGGUAAAAUUUUCACACCGAACAGCACUUAUAUCCGAUGAGCUUUAUAAGUCAACCAAAACAAACUGCAAGGGCGAAUAUAUGCGUCCAGAUCCAAGCAAUGCAGCAUGCAUAGACGAUCUUCAAAGAGUUACUGAGUGCAUCAGCAAAGUACAACAACCCAAUAUAUUGGAACCCGAGUGUAGUGCACUCUCUCCAAAACCAACAAAAUUAUGGGGUUCGAGCUCUCUCAGCGAGAGUUACAUUGAUAUCCUCACUUCAACACCUCAAGCUCCGGGACCAUGGUGUCGGAACUAUAACUAUCUGUUCUGCUACAUUUGGGCUAAUGAUAAAACUGUGCAAAAUGCUCUUCACGUCCGAGAGGGAACACUAACAGACUGGGAGAGAUGCAAUAAGAGCUUAACUUAUGCACACGAUAUCAUAACUAGUAUUGAAUAUCAAAGAAACCUCACCAAGAAAGAGCUUCGAGCUUUGGUUUACAGUGAUGAUCAUGACUUGGUUAUUCCCUAUGUGGGCACACAAGAAUGGACAUACUCGCUGGGUUUAGUAGUUGAAGAUAGUUGGAGACCUUGGUUUGUUGAUGGUCAAGUCGCAGGAUUUGUCACAAUAUAUUCAGAGAAUAAGUACAGUUUGACAUUUGCAACUGUAAAGGGAGGGGGUCACACGGCACCAGAGUACAAGCCCAAGGAAACUCUUGCCAUGAUGGAAAGGUGGUUUGCUUAUUACCUUAUAUAGCACAUAAUGGUGGCUCCAAAUUAUCUAACGGCUGCCCUCUUUGAGCGAUCACCUUUAUAUUUUGAAGUAAUUAUUAAGAGAAUUUACAAUCUGCAUGUCCAAUAAUAGUGCUAUAUCGCUGCAACGUCUUAUUUGAGGUGAACCUGGUGCCUGGUGAGAUAUAAUUACCCGCAUAAACUGAGUAAAAUCAUUUAUAACUUCCAUGCCACAAAGAAUGCAUCGAAGCCUAUUUAUUUGGAAAAGGUAUAUAAUAUGUUGUAUCCUGGAUACACAACUUGCCUCUUACAACACUUAAAUCCACAUUAUGUGUUGGGAAACCACAA